AUGAAGAAAGCAAAAUAAAAAACGCAAUCUGCGUGCCUCCAUUGUCUCAUCUUUCUCCAAGAAAUGGUCCGAUUUCAAUCUAUUUCUCUAACUCUCCUCUGUCAGAUUCUCUCUCCAUUGUUGCUACUGAUCUUUAUGAUCAUCAUCCAUCCUUCAUAUGCAGAUGAACCUUUGCGUGGAAAAGACCUUGUGAACGAGGUCUGCAACCACACCUCGGACUACAAAUUCUGUGUGGACACUCUAUUUCCGAGCGCAGCAUCUGCCCCGUCGGCGACGGCGGGGGAGAUCGCUAAUACCGCCUUGCGUUUUGCACAAGUCAAAGCAACCGACGCCCGAGUCCUCAUAGCUAGCCUGCUGCUCAAGAAUUCUUCCAGCUCCACCGACCGCCGGCUUCUCCAGAGAUGUCAGCUUGAUAACAACAAGACGAUCCGGGAGCUUUCGUCGGCUAACGAUGACUUGAACUCCGAUUCCAUCGACAGCAUGGUCGAUGAUCUGAACAACGCUGCUAAUGCCACGAGAAGUUGCCAGGAUAUCAUCCGAGAAACCCCUUUUUCUUCAGCACUGGAUAACAAGAACAUUGAUGUGAUUAAGCUUUGUGAAAUUGGUGUCGUCUCCACCAAAUUCUUCACCAUUGAUGAUUUCACUUAAGAUUUUGUUUUCAAACUUAACAUAUGGAGAAAAGGGUUUUGUUUGAAACACUGGGAGUGCACAAUUUCCAUGAAAAUAAACCAUGUUAAUGCUAUAAGCAGAAGACCAAAUAAACCUUAUGCAAUCCAUGGCCAUCCAAGGUCAAAUAGCAGUUCAUAU